GUCGGAGAUGCUUUUAUAGCAGGUCACUUUGUCUGUCUUGACAGCAGAGAAAGGAGGUACUAGUUCAGAAACUGGUGUGUGGUAAGAGGAAGGAACCGGAAAACGAGAGAGAGAGAGAGAGAGAGAGAGAGAAGCAUCCAGUUUGGAACGCCAUGGCGAGGUGCACUCAGGACCAGCGCCGCCGCCGCCCCGACGAUCACCAUCGUCGUCUGCCGAACGACGUGUUGAUCGACAUCCUCACGAGGCUGCCGGUGAAAUCGCUACUCCGAUGCAAGUGCGUCUGCAAGAACUGGUACGACCUAAUCCAAAACCCUAGCUUCGCACACGCUCACUUCCGCCUUCAGAAGCUCCAAGACAAAGGUCGCAUCUUCUUCCAGUAUUUAAGGUUCAGGUUCGUUGAUGACGAUACCAGUAAAUACCGUUACGCCCUAUUCCCUGACGAAACCCUCGCGAGCGAUGCAUGUCACGAUAUUGAUUUCCUAGAAACUCCCCCUUUAGCGUUCAUUUAUGGUCCCGUAAACGGCUUGUUUUGUGUAAUGAAUAAUGAUCAUCGUUUCAUUAUCUGGAACCCCGCCAUUAGAGAAUUCAGAAUACUCCCCGACCACCUGGAAUUUCCGCCCAAUCUUGAUGUGGUAAACCUGUGUAGUAUUUUCUCGGGAAUUGGAUUUGGGUUCGACAAGGCAACUGACUACUACAAGGUGGUUCUAAUCCGUCAUUUUAGGGUAAAAGACACGCCUGUGGUUAAUGAUAUAAGUGUUCAUGUGUAUUCCUUAAGUACUAAUACUUGGAGACAUCUCAACUGUCUCGAUUAUCUGUCGCCUGAAUAUUUGCGGCGUUGUUCAACUUGUUCUGGGAACGGAGCAUACUCGGAUGGAGUUUAUUACUGGUGGGCUGGUACUGGGAUCCUUGCAUUUGACAUGGGCAAUGAGGUUUUUCGAGUGAUAUCUGUUCCUUUUAUUCUUCCAGUAGAGUUUGAUAAAUGUGAUGUAAAACCAUACAAUGGUGACCGUAUUGCUCUGUAUCAAUUCAAAGGUUUCCCUGAGAGUGGACUAGACAAAUAUUGUGACAUCUGGGUGAUGGAGGAGGAGGGCAGUUGGAUCAAACAGUUUAGUGUUGGACCAAUUCCUUGUAGAGCUUUCCAACAGGGGGUUUGGAAGAACGGCGAGCUUCUUUUCCUCAAGCUUAUUCAGGCUUCUUACGACCGUCGUUAUGUUUUUCAGUUGGUCUUGUACAAUCCAUGUACUCGAGAACUCAGGUAUCUUGGACCUGCAGAGGAUUUUAUUGGAUAUCAAGCUCUUGUUUACCACGAAAGUCUAGUAUCCGUUAACGGUACGAAGGGCAAAUUGUCUGAUUCAAGCGUAAUACUUCAGUAAUCAAUUGGAGCCCAGAAUCCCACACUUUGAUCCAUGACCUGAUAUGAAAACAUAACAUAGAAACUUUGUUCAUAGACUUGCUGUGACUUCCCAUUGAUCGGCUUGCAAUUGGUUCCAAUUUCCGUUAGUAUUGUGUAUGCAAUGAUGCUGGAGUUUACCUAUGUACGGUUAUUUUAAUCUAA